UUAUUCUUCCACACAUAUAUGUACAUAUAUAUAUUUUAUUAUAUUUUAGCGAUACUGUUUUUUUGUUACCAAUGAACUAACCAAAUAGCAAAAAUUCUACCAGCAGACAGACGGUCAACAAAACAAAAGAAAAAAAUGCCCGCAACAUUUGGUCUGCUAUUUAAGCAUAAUGUACUUAUUGAAGUAGCGCUCUGGCGUCGCACGUUAUUUGAAACAAUUACUGUAUUAAUAUUGCUGGUAAUAAUACUAGUUAAUCCCAUAUCAUAUACGAAAAGUUUGCUGUACAGCCGUCAGUAUAGCGAAGAUGAUCGUGAGAUUGUGUCCCACAAACUGGAUAAUAUUGAUUUACUGAAGAGCAUUGUAGAUUCAAGACGCGAACAAACCAAAUUUAAUUUAGCAUACUGCCCCAAUUCGGUGUUUGCCAAGCAAGUGGCCAAUGCGGUGGCCACCAGAUUGGAAUUGAAUACGACGAUCGCUUUUGAGGAUAGCGAUACACUGCAAAAUCAAUUCGAUCAACGCACCACAUUGGCGGCCAUCGUAUUUGAGGAUACCGAUGCCAAUUUGGAGACUCCACCAAAAGUUCUAUCGGUUUCCAUACGCUUCCCAAGCGAGUUUCGCACAUUGAAUUCUUUUCUUACCGAAGAUCGUUUGUGGCUAACACGUUGCUCGGGCUUUGUGAAUGCCAAACGUGAUAAUGUUGAGGAGAAAGAACUGUAUCAGGAUAUCUAUAUACGCGAGACAUUCUUGCAGAUUCAACACCAGGUAUUUAUGGAAUGGUUGCACCAGCUGCGUGCGAUUUAUCCAUCGUCAUAUACGGAACCGGCUGUGGAGGUUUUCAAUAUACGUCUCAAGGUGCCCGAUGAGCGUUGCUCCUCAAUUGAUGUGUACACUGUGCCAUUGUUUCUCUUCAACUUCCUUUAUCUGUUGCCCUUUAUCAACAUCUUAAGGAAUAUUGCUGGUCAAAUGCGGAAUAAUGUUUUCAGCCAUCAAUGGCAUUAUGGCUACGGUUUUGUCAAGCAGUAUUUGUGCCUCAUUCUGGUGUUGUUCAUUCGUCUCAUCAUACUCAACUUUUUUUAUGGUACUGGUCAUUUUUUCUGGUCCGUGGAGACUCACAACGUCCAGCCGUUGGUAUUCUUUGGCAUGCUGGCCUUCAUGGUGAUCUUUACCUUGGAGAUGAUCAUUACAGCACUGGCGAUUGCCAAGAUCUUUGGUAAUGGAAUGAAUGCGGUGCUCUGUGGCAUUGUGCUGUGGCUCUUUAACUACGCGAUUUUUGGCGUAAUAUUGCGACGUUAUUGGGAUCAACAUGGCAACUAUAUAUUUCUCAUACUCUCGUCAUUUAUGAGCAAUCAAAUACCCUACUGUAUGCAAAUGUUUCAACGUUCUGUCGAACAAACACAUGUAAUUCAUUUUAUGGAUGUCUUGGCACUCUAUGUCUCCGCCGUGUUCAAUUUGCUGAUCUUUACAUUGUGCUUUGUUCUGUUGCAAUGGCGUAUGCCUGGCCGAUUGAUCAGCAGCCGUGUAUGUUACAGCAAACGUCGCAAGAAAAUGAACAUGGAUGUGAACAUCUAUCUGGGUCGAUCGCCCAGUUGGCAUAACUUUGAGUUUGGCGAUGUGGGCAGCCAAGAACUGUUGCGACUCCGUCACAUUUAUACGAUACAAACGGACACAGAACGCAAAGUGCUGAAGAACAUCUCGAUGCGUCUGUAUCGAGGGGAAAUCUAUGUGCUAUUGGGACACAUUGGCUCGGGCAAGCUUAGUUUGUUGCGUGUCAUGAGCGGAAUCAAAUAUCCCAUACGUGGCACUGUGUUUUUCAAAGGAGCUGAUAUCUAUGAUAAUCUGGCGAAUUAUCGCAAAUAUUGCGAUUUUCGUGCACUCGGAAAUGGGCUAUGUGAUCAUUUGACUAUCGAACAGACGAUCAACUAUCAUGUGCGACUAAAGUUCGACACGAAUAGAAUGGAUCGCUAUAAUGUGGAGCGUAACAAAUGGAUCGAUAUACUCGAGGCACAGAUCAGUAAUCGUCGCACACGCAUCAAUCGAUUGUCGACAGGACAGCGGCAUUUGGUUGGACUUUGCUGUGCUUUGGUCACCGAUACAAAAAUCAUACUGCUGAAUGAGCCGACAGUGGAGUUGUCGCCACGGGAGGCGCAAAUCUUUUGGAGCAUCAUUGCAAUGGAGAAGGAGCAUCGUGCGUUUGUCGUGGCCACCAAUAGCAUCGAUGAGGCCGAGGCUGUUGGCAAUCGCAUUGGCAUACUCAGCAUGGGAGUCUUAGAGGCUAGUGGCACGCCCUUUUUUCUGCGUGCUAAAUUCAGCAGUAGCGUUGAGCUGGUGCUGAUCAAGAAGCCCCAUGUGCCGGAUACGCCAAUAACUGAAUUCAUUUCGCAGUAUAUACCAGGUACUGAGCCUGAAAAUGAAAUUGGCGAUACGUUGACCUAUAAAAUCGAUGCUGUGCAUCGACCGCUACUACAAAAGAUGCUCAUACAUUUGGAGAAUAAUGGCAAAUCGAUGGGAAUCGAGAAUAUACGUGUUGUGGGCUCCGAAAUGUCCGAUAUCUACAUGAAAUUGGUCACAUCGUUUCGUGUGCAGCAACAGGUUAUACCCGAUGUUACACAAACAUUCAAGUAUGCGGUGGUGUCGCGCAAGCAACUGCGACGUCAGCAAAUUCGCGCCAUGUUCUACAAGAAAAUGAUCCAUUCGGCGCCCAACGUGUGGCCCAUCAUUAUGAUCUUCGCUUGUCUGAUACUCAUUGUGGCUAUCACACGUCUCGCCUUUGUUCUCGAUGUGCCCAAUAUGCGUACGAAUGUCAUACCGCUGGGCUUUAAGGGCGCCACAAAGAAUAUAAAAAAGAUACCAAAUAUACGUAAAUGUGGCUACAUUGACAUCACAUCGCUGGCUAAAACGCCAGCGUAUCGUAAGGUCAUCUCGCCGUCAAAGGUCUUUGGGCCGAACUCAUUCGAUUGCGCCAAGGGCAGCUAUUGGGACUAUCUGAAGCAAAAGACCGAGCUGCACAGCUUGGGCGCCAUUGAGUUGGAGAGCGACCAGAAAAUACACGGCUAUAUCAGUCAGGAUUCAUUUCAUUCAGCACCCAUGACGCUUAAUCUGCUGCACAACAUUAUACUUAGAUUGACAUAUCCAAAUGAUGACGAUAUUUACACGCUGGUCGAUAAUCAUCCAAUGCCCACAUCUUUGAUGAUGAAGAUCAAUCUAAUCGACAACGAGGUGGCACACAUCGUAGCACCCUUGGCUAUUGGCUGUGUGCUGCCAUUGACCGUAUCGAUGUUUAUACUGCCGAUGGUUGAGGAACAAAAAACGCAAAUACGUGGACUGCAGCUGAUCGCUGGCCUUGGCCUGGACAUCUAUUGGGGCAUCACAUUGUUUUGGGAUUACAUCACAUAUUUCGUGCAUGCGAUGAUUAUCGUCAUUGUUGUGGCCUGCACAUUUAUUGGACACUUUGGUGGUUUCGAGAAUAUCCUUCUGUUGCUAUUGAUUGCCGUUUAUGGAGCGGCGGCAUUGCCGAUUACCUAUGUGCUUUCGAUGUAUGUGAAUAAAUCGAUGGUGAGAGCAUUUCUCGCCUCGAUCAUGUUCCAUAAUCUGACCGGUUUGGUGCUCUACAUGCUUUAUUGGGAUGUCGCGAAUAGCAAUGUGGUCUUCUUCUAUGGCGCUUGCCUGUCGCCGGGAUUUGCGCUGCUCGAUGGUAUCAGCAACAUUUACAUACGUUGCCUCGAGGAGCAGCAUUGUCGUGCCAAGUGUUCGACCAUCGAGAAUUGUACGCCGGAGAAUAUGCAUGAAAUGGUCCCGCAUUGUGUUUUUGAUACUUAUUUCAAGUGGUCAGGUCAUGGCAUACUGCCGUCACUCUUAUUUAUGUCGCUGGCUGCGGUUUUUACCCUGUUCCUCAUCUUCUGGAUUGAGCUGCAUCGCAAGGAGAAGAAAUUUCAUUCAUCUAAAGAUCUGCACAAUUUGCGUUCUGUCACAUAUCCGUUCGAUGACAGCGAUGUGGCCGAUGUUAAGCAGAAGAUAGCCGCUGCUGAUAUGAGCAAGUGCAAGCAAUCGGUGUUUCUGGUCGAUCAGGUGGAAGCCAAAAUACCCACAAAAAGCAACCGCGUGAACACAGUAUCGUUUGCGCUCAACAAGUACAUGAGCAUGGGCAUCUUUGGGCCAAAGAACUCCGGUAAAAGUCAUCUCAUCAGACAGCUGGUGGGCAUCGAUGGCUUUGCCUUUGGUGAGAUCUAUGUGCGUGGCUUGGACUUCAAAUACGAUCUGGAUACGAUUCGCGGCUAUAUUGGAUAUUGCCCACAGGAUCAUGGACUGCUCAAUGAUUUGACGCCCCGCGAACACAUUCGUUUGUUGUGCAUGAUACGCGGUGUGGCGGAGAAAAAAAUCGGUGAAAAAAUGCACGAUUUAUGCCGCAUGCUCAACAUGACGGGCUGGAUGCAUCGUCGUUGUGGCGCUCUUACGGCUGAGAAGCGACGCAAAUUGAAUGUCGCACUCUCGUUAGUGGCCUACAAUAAGAUCUUUGUGCUAGACGAACCCACAAGUGGAAUGCCAUCGACGACGCGUCGAGAAAUCUGGAAUAUCCUACGUUAUUUGCGUUAUUGCGGCAAAACGAUUAUAUUCUCCAGCAACGAUGAGCUCGAGUGCAAAGUUCUGGCCGAUUUUAUCAUACUGUUUCAGGAUAGCGAAAUGUUGGCCAUUGGGAGCUUGCAAUAUCUGCGCUACAAGUACAGUCACGGCUUCUAUUUGGAGGUGCGAUUGGUGCGCGAUGGCAGCACCAUUGAGGAAUCGGAGGCCAAUUUGCGUAAGGAUGUGGAGAACUUGUCAAGAUUCGUCAGUUUUUUGCAUGAUAAAUCGGAAUUGGUCGGUCGUUUGCAUAACUGGUUCAAGUUCUAUAUACCCGUGGGCCACAUUGUCUAUUCUUUUCUGUAUGGCGCCAUGGAGAAGAAUAAGGUGCGUCUCAAUGUCUACGACUAUUGCAUCUAUCAAUCAAGCAUGAACGUUGUCAUUGCCCAGGUGCAGGACACACGCGCCGAACUCCGGGGCCGUCAAGUGGAAUCCAAUCUACCAGAGGAAUCCGAUCCACCAUUGCCAAUAAUCAAGUCAAUGACAGAGAGAACAUCGUCGUCAAGGCCGCCAACAUCAAAUGCUUAAUGAUGAUGUGUAGUAUAAUAAUUUUCGUAAAAAUACAAUUUACAAAUUUGCAUUGUUAAGUUAGCUGCGCUUGCGUUUAACCGCAGUGUCUGGCAACGCUGGCAAUCCAAACUCUGUAAGCUGCGAUUUCUCUUGUGCAGCGUAUUCAAGCUUCGUCAUAAUAAACCUGUCUUGCGGUAUUGCAUCGACGCGUGCUUUAUAAUGCUUUGCUUUG